AUGCUUGGGAUUAGAUAUCAUAUGCGCCUAAUGGGUGAGGCUGCAGGUAUUGAACCAGAAUCACAAAUAAAACUUUUAGAUGCUACACUGAACUUGGAAGGAAUGUUGUUGGCUGGAGUUCCAGGAGCAGGAGGAUUUGAUGCUGUCUUUGCUGUUACUUUGGGAGAUUCAGGCAGCAAUGUGACAAAAAUAUGGAGCUCACUCAAUGUUCUUGCCCUUCUGGUUAAAGAAGAUCCUUGUGGCAUUUCUUUAGAAAGUGCUGACCCUAGAACAAAUGAAAUCACUUCAGCUGUAUCUUCAAUUCAUAUUGAAUAA